AUGUCUAACAACAAUAUAAACAACACUAUUUAUGAUAUUUCCACCAUUCAACAAGUCUUGAUCAACUCGCCUUUGGAAGGAAUCAAGAUGCUUCCUUUGAAUUCGACAAUAUUAGUAAAAGCUAGUGAAUGGGAAAAGUGUCUGGAGCAAAUCAAUGUCUUAUGCUCAACAAAAUGGAAUAAAAAGCAUAAAUAUUCUGGAAAAGGUUUAGUUUUUGGAGAGACUAAAAAAUGCCACCGUGCUGGCCAAUAUAUAACAAACCGCCAAUUACGUCUUGCCCAGAAAGAUACGAAGGCAUGCUCUUGUACAGCUGCCUUAAAAAUCAUACAGCAUCUCGACAACCCCAAUGUUGUUACAUUUUGCCAAACAAGGGCACAUGUAAACCAUGUUCCUGGAGACUGGGACGAAGUCAGAACUCUUCCUUUGCCUUCUGAAGCCAUAAAGAUUAUUGAAGAUCAGUUGAAAAGUGGCAGCAGCUGUAGAAGUACAAGAAUUUCAGUUCUUAGACAGAUUGAUAGUUGGGGAGUUGGCGUUAGAAAGCCUAAUUAUGAAGAAAUUUACAACAGAAUGAGAAAGAUGACUACUUUGUUAUAUAUGUUUGCUUCUGAUGAAAAUGCAUCUAUUUCCAUCUGGUUAAAUGUAAAGCUAGCAGAACAAAACUAUUGCAUUUUUGAAAUCAAUCUUUCUGUUUAUAAUGACGGUAAAAAACAAUUUGCCUUUGGAUUUCAAUCACCAAUGCAAGUUUCAAUCAUGAGAAUCUCGCAAUCUUUUUGUCUCGAUGCCACCCAUUCCAUUUCGUCCAGAAGCGACGAAGUAUUAUAUACUUUGGUCACUCGCCAUCCUCAAACAGGAAAGGGAUUCCCUGUUGUAUACAUGGUGACAAACAACCAGACAGCCAUACCCAUCAAACUUUGGCUUGACCACCUUCGCAUCAAGAGCAGCUUUGUACCAAUGAAUAUUACCAUUGACUGUAGCAUUAUGGAGGUUAAUGCAAUCAAAGAAGCAUUACCUCAUGCUACAAUUCACUACUGUGAUUUUCAUGUUCUUCGCGCUUGGCAGCACAACCUUGACAGCAAGAUUAAACUUAAUGCCUCUUAUACAUCAGAACAACUUGGGAAUUAUAAGACUGCACUGAAGAACUACCUGAGACACAUUCUCAUCGAGUCAAACGAAGACGUGUUCCUAAGAGCAAUUGAAGAUUUUAAACUGAUGGUUCAGGAUCAACCUCAGUUUUUGAAAUAUUUUGAGAAGAAAUGGACCGAGAACGAAGAAUUGUUGCGAAGAUGGGGGCGCCCAUACAUUAGCCAACAACAUCAGAGAUAUGUGACAAACAACUAUGUAGAAUCAUGGCACAAUCAACUCAAGACAAUCUACUUUGGUCGUGCACGCAUCAGAAGAUUGGAUCGACUAAUUUUUAUCUUGACAAAUGAUGUGGAGUUCUAUUUUGAACAAGAGGUUGAGCGUAUUCACUUCAACAAUGGUAAGAUGGGUCCCAUUGAUAAUGAGUUAGCAAGAAAUUCUUUUGUUGCUUCAAAAAUCCAAAAUGACAUGCUCCCUUCCAUGAUUCUCAACCCUUUGAGUGAGACUGGUAACAGCAUGGAUGAUUAUAAUGGUGAGUGGCAAAUAAGAUCUUUUGUAACAGAAGAUAAGUGGUAUACCAUCAAUAUAUCAAAUGACUUGAUACAAAGCUGCACCUGCCCAAACUUUCUGACCCGCCAGAUCCCAUGCAAGCAUUCACAUUUGUUGAAGCGUUACUGUGGGGCAAAAUUCAGCUUCAUCGAGCAACGGGAGAUAGCAGGAGUGGUAUUGAACCGACAAGACGCUGUAAAUGCAAACGAGAACGAAGUUGAGAAAGAAGUAGAGGAGGAAUUAGAGAGUGGAGGUACUGCUGAAGAUAGAGGUGUAUAUGUCUUUGACGAAAUUGCAGCUUAUUCUGCAACGAUGCAUCACGGCUUUGAAGAUCUUCAAACUUUGAAGACAAUUCCUGGCUUAGAUCAAACAAAGGCAGAUCUUAUAAAAAGAGCACUCGCAGAUGCUGUGAGGUUGAUGGAUGAAUAUAGAAGAGAUACUUCAGAAAUCCGCAACUGCUCUUGCUGGAAAGGUGGUGAUUCUAGUCGGAAAACAAAAGAGGUUCUUUGCUUGGAAACCAGAGAAAUUAUAGUUAAUAAUGAUAUUACUAAUUGGAGUAAUAGUGACAUUUGCAGCAAGAUUCAGUACUUGCACAAUAAGUUUAAGGAUGCUACCAACUUUCUAAAUGGAACUGGGCAAGACAUUCUGAAUGAUAUCAAUGAGAGUGAAAAAACUCCAGAGGAAGCUGAAAAGACACUUGAAGAUAUACUUGAAGAGACUUGCAGUCAUGAAGAAGUUGAAGCUGAAGAUGAAGCAGAAUUUGAUGCAGAACAGAUCAGAAAAACAAUUAAUGCAAGCAUCUCAGAGACUAUAGAAGAGUCUGUCAAGCUGAAUCAUAUUCACGUUGAGCUGAUGCAGAAAAAGUUUGAAGCUGAAGUCGAGGUUAAUGAAAGACAGUUUUGCCACCAGGGGAUUGUGUAUGGAGACAGAAUGAUGAUGAAGGAGAGGUGGCUGAACAUUGAAGCAAAGCAGUUAGAGAAUGAUUGUAAUCAAAGCAAGCUUCAAUACAUUGCUAAGUUGGAGAGUUUAGAACUUUCCAAACAGUAUAUAUUGGGAAAGUUGGAUAUAAAACUUUAA